CAUUCCGCGGCACAUGUAGGCCAAGCAUAUAGUAGUGAUAUGCCAAACUGAAUGGAUCGAGUACCAAAUGAAAAAAAAAAAGCUUCAAAAUCUAGACUAUACUUUGCAGAUGAAAUAAUAUUUUGUUAUCAAUCGGAAAUUAUAUUAAUGCAAUCAUAAUAGAGUCUAGUUUCUGUAGAUUAAUGUAGUCUAGUAGAAAGGCAUUGUCUAGAUCUAUAAUAAGCAAGCCUUGCAUUUGACUACAGCGACACCGCGAGGCCGAGGACAAAAGCCGACUUAGGCUUAAUUCAAAAUGGCGCUACAUCGAAAGAAAGAAGGAUUGCAAGAAACAAAAUGCUCAGAUAUUUCUCAGGAUGCCGAAUCAGAUUCUAGUGUUGCUGCCAGUUCACAUAGUAAACCUAACAAAAAGAUUCGUGAUUUAGGUGACUCUGAAAAAGGCAGUCGUUCUAGAAAAGGAUUAAGUAGUGGCAAGACUAAGACCCCCAAAGUUCGUCGUUCACCAUCCCCAUCACAAGAAAAAAUGAAAAGAAAAAGUUCCAGAACUGCAGCCAUUAUAGCUAACAAAAAGAAAAGAUGGGAAGAAGAUGAUGAAGAUAGUACUAAAGAUAUGGAUGACAUUCAGACAGAUAACAAUGUACAGAUAGUCCACAACCCUAAACCUGGUGUACUUUCAAAAGGAGGCAAAGAUGAAUUUACUCCACUGAAAGGUGGAACUGUGAUAGACCUUGAUGAGAAGCAAGCUGAAAUAAAAUCCAGUAGUCAGGGUGUGUCAGACCAAGAGAAACAGGACAGCACAGAGAAGGAAGAGGAUGAGAAAAGAAACACACAGGAUUUGGGAGAUGACAAUUUAACUGAACAAACUCAUCAUAUCAUUGUGCCCAGUUAUUCUGCCUGGUUUGAUUACAAUUCUAUACAUGCAAUUGAAAGAAGGGCCCUACCUGAGUUUUUCAAUGGAAAAAAUAAAUCAAAGACACCAGAAGUCUAUAUAGCUUAUCGUAACUUUAUGCUAGACACCUAUCGCUUGAACCCUACAGAGUAUUUAACAUCAACAGCUGUACGGAGAAAUUUAGCAGGGGAUGUCUGCUGUAUUCUAAGAGUUCAUGCAUUCCUAGAGCAAUGGGGAUUGUUGAACUACCAAGUAGAUCCAGAUAGUCAACCCUCAGCUAUGGGUCCACCAACUACUUCUCAUUUUCACAUAUUGGCAGAUACUCCUUCUGGUAUUAGUAAUAUCACACCAGCUAAAGUCAGUCAAAAAUCCGCUGCUCAAGAACUGUGUGAGUUUUCAGAAUCUAAAGUGACUGAAAAAGAUGAAGAAGUCCGUCAAGAGCUUGGUGCUGUUGGUCUGAAGACUGAUAUUUAUGGAAAAAAAUCUCACAAGGACAAAAGUUCUUCUGGUCGUAGCAGAGAAUGGACAGAUCAGGAAACAUUGUUAUUGUUGGAAGCUUUAGAACUGUACAAAGAUGAUUGGAACAAAGUGUGUGAACAUGUUGGUAGCAGGACACAAGAUGAAUGUAUUUUACACUUUCUGAGAUUGCCUAUUGAAGAUCCAUUUUUAGACUCUGGUGCUGACCAUCUUGGUCCUCUUGUGUACCAGCCAAUUCCAUUCUCUAAAAGUGGCAACCCUAUUAUGUCAACUGUUGCUUUUCUGGCAUCUGUAGUGGAUCCAAGAGUAGCCAGUGCAGCAGCAAAAGCAGCUUUAGAUGAGUUUUCCAAGAUCAAAGAUGAGAUUCCUCUGUCUGCUAUAGAUCCUAACAUCAAAGCAUUAGUAGAUAGUUCUAAAGAAGCCAAAAAUACAGAUUUAAAUGGAAUGCUAGAAGUGAAUGGAAGUGGGGAAAAGGAUAAGAAGCUGGAGCAAGAUUUAGACAAAGGAGAAGAGAAAAAGGGAGAAGAACCAAUGGAUGAUGAUAUUAUUGAGAAAGAUCACAAGUCAAAGGGAAAAGAUAAAAAUAAGGAAAAAAGAGAGAGAAAGAAAUCCAAGAAAGAAGAAAAUGGAAAGGAUGGAGAUUCCAAAGCAUCUGAGAAAACAGAGAGAGGGGAUACCAAAACAGAUAUGGUGGAAAAGGAAAUAAAACAGGCAGUAACAGAGGACGAGAGAUUAAAUGAUGCAUCUGUGAUAGCCACAGCUGCUGCUGCAGCCUUGGCAUCUGCUGCUGUGAAAGCCAAGCAUUUAGCAGCUGUGGAAGAAAGAAAAAUUAAAGGUCUUGUAGCUCUUCUUGUGGAGACUCAAAUGAAAAAACUGGAGAUCAAAUUGAAACAUUUUGAAGAAAUUGAAGCCAUCAUGGAUAGAGAGAGGGAAUCUCUAGAAUGCCAACGUCAACAAUUACUCCAGGAGAGACAACAGUUUCAUUUGGAACAGAUUCGUGCAGCUGAGUAUAGGGCUAGACAAUUGGCUUGUCAGCAGUUAGCAGAGACUAAGCCAAUAGUCAAUCUACAGGGCAAUGAAACUAACUCUGGAGUCAGUUCUACUGCACCUACCUCAGAGCUCAGUGUUUGUGUCAAUCAAAACUCAGGAUACACCAUGCAAGGUUCACCUAUUAUGCCCCAAGGCCCCCAGGUUGAAGCAGCUCAGUUGAUGAAUGGUUCACCUACAUCACCCCCAACAACCGGUGCAGUAGCUAAACCACAUCCAGCACCAGCUACCUCCAUGUCUAGUGCAAUAGUAUCAGGACAGUCUGUCUCAUUGACUUCUGACCCCAUCAGGACUCCAACUCCAGACCAGCCAGUUCUUCCUCAACAUCAUGCAGCAGAGAGUAUUCCACCAAGUGCACAGUAUCCCAGUCUUCCUCCUCCUUCUCAUCAGAAUGGUCCAUUCCCACCUCACAUUCCUAACCAGCCCUCUCACACAGAAGGCUUCCAGCCCCAUCCACCUCUAGGUGUUAUGCACAGUGAGCAUCCUCAUCCAUAUCAUGCAGCCCCUCACCACUAUGAUGGCUACAUGAAUCAACAAACCCCAUAUCCACCACCUGGUGCAUUUGGAGGACCAAUUGUUAAUGAAGGUCACCCACCUUAUGACAGCUACCCCGGACAGCAUUAUCCUGGUCAAUAUAAUCAUCUCCAUGGAGGUCCUCCUUCCCAAGAUGUUCCUGUUUCCAGGCCAUCUUCAGCCUGCUCAUCAGAUUAUUAUUUGUCUCCACAGGUCCAGACAGGGACCAUAACUCUACACAAGACUCGACCAAAAGUCCAGUUUCACCAACAGGAUCCAACAAAUAAUGCUAGACAUAGGACUGGGACGUGUCCUAGCAAUAAUCCAGCAGCAGGGUCCACUUGAUGAGGACAUUGUUUUUAAUACAGCAAAUGUAACUUGUACAUUUUUGUUCUUUAGAUUUUCUGGAGUACACGUAAAUGUGUAUUCACACCAGGAGGACUUGUCAUUGUUUUGUUUUCUUAAUAGAUGAAAUAUUUUGAAGUUUGAAAGCUGGCUUGUACAGUUGGAAGAAGAAUGUCUGAGUGAGUGUACCCAAAAUGUGUGUGUGUGUGAUCAGCUUAUAUUUAUGACUAGGUUACAUAGGUUUUGUUAUGUAAUGUAAGGAAUGUCUGCUCAUUAGAAAUGUAUGAAAUAGAACUAAGGACUAGGAGUGUAUUCUAUUUUGCCAGUACAACUACAGGGCUGUACUUAAAGUGAAUCUCAAACUUUGUUGUGCUCAUUGUGCUUAACUUGUGCAAGUAUGACCUGGACAUUGUUCUGUGAACCAUUCUCACUUGAUGUAUUGAAUGUGUUUGAAUGGAUUUCAACAAUACAUUGAUGUUCUAACAAUU